GUCAUCUAAUUUUUAAUGGUUUCUAUCAUUUUUUUUUUCUGUUUAACUUUAUUUGGUGGGGGAAGUGCUGUAUUUGAGUGGCUGCACGUAGCUGGUGGAUUUUACGGCAAUCGGCUUUCAAAGAGGAACAUUUUUUAUUCUCGGGAAGACAGCAUGGGAGGAUGGCAUUCCAAACCCGAACCCAACAAUGACAUACAAAGUGCCAGCACAGCAGCCCCAACCAUUGCCUCUGCACCCUACCUCCUGGAAUACACCAAGAUACAGCAUUUGGUCUUAGCCUUUAUCGCGGGGGUCCUACUGACGCUGCUGCUGGUGGUCCUUAUCUUCCUCAUCAGAAAGAGCUACAGGAAAUGUCACUGCAGCCCCUGGGCCCUGAAUCCUCCCUUAGACCCUCCCUCCAGCCGAGAUCCUCCGGCCAAGCUUUCAUCCCCGGAGGAAGCACUUACCUAUGCGAGCGUAGCUUUCAAAAUCUCAGAAGAAAAGAGUGAUCAUCCGACCAAGAAACAUUCUGCACCCUUGGAGCCAGUUGUCUAUGCUCCAAUCAAAGUGACGGACUCCCCCUGCCUUUCCAAUGAGGCUUGAUGCCAGUCCCUCUUAUUCUCGGCUCCAUUUUUAUAUAUCACUUUCCCUUAGGACAAAUUCUGGACCACAGUGUGGCCAAACUAGUUGGAGCUGUUUGGGUGGGAUCUGGAAAUGUUAGCCAGCAGUUGUGAAGACUGAGGGGUAGUCCUUCUCUUGGCCUGAGAAGAGACUGCCGGCCCUCCUGCUUGGACGGACAGCCUGCUAGCCCUUUGAGGGCUGAGACAGCCUACCUGGUCCCCUUCCAAAGUGUGUGGGUACAGAGCCCAGUGCACAGUGUUCACUCAGUUCCACUGACCAGCUUGGAAGAAGUCAGCCAAAGGGGCAAGUUAGCAAGAUUUACAAAUAAAAGCAACCGCUCUUGCAAUGCUGGCCCCUCCUGCAUCAUUUACUUGUCUGGUCCUGUCAUGCCCAGAGAUCUGGAACUCCUCCACAGCCAGAAGCCUAACAGAGGUGACAGUACUCCAGAACAAGCUCAGGAUUGAUCAGGGCCCAGGUCUCAAGCUCAGCACCAACUAGCUGCGGUCUUUUGUUCUUCACUUCCCUUGUUGAGGAUCUUCAGGGGACCUGGUACCUGGUGCUCCCAUCCCCACCUGAAUUCUGAACCGGCUGAGAAAUAAGAGGACCCGGCUGAGAAAUAAGAGGACUCGGCAGAUAGAGAACAAAGUACCAUAUUUAUCACACAGCGGGCACUGGAGAACAUAGUGUGUAUAUGGCUGCAGGGAACCGGGAAUCCCCUCCCCUCUCCACAUCCAAACCCGUGGCUCAGCUGCACCCGGGGCGGGGGGAGGGCGGGUUGCAAAAGAGAUCAUGUGUACUUUGAAAGCUGCACACACAAGGUUAAAAAAAGGAAGAGGGAGGGCAGAGCAGUUUCACCCAGAGUCUGACCCAUGAACUCAAAUCAGACGGGUCACUCCUCCAAGGGGGCGUCCCCUGAGGAGUGUUACCUUCAUGGGGCUCAGUCUAUAGCGAAAGGAGCCGGAGGGGGAGAAAAGCAGCCUCCACAAAUCUCUUUUAACAAGUGUAUCAGGUAGUAUGUUUAAAAACUGAGGUAGGGAAAUUCAAGUUCAAAGAGAUCAAAUAAUGUAGCCACUGUCUCCCAGCACGUAGGGGGCGGAGCAACACUUCCAUCCAGUCCUCUGACUUCCGAUCUCCUGCAUCUCGCCUGCACACCAAGCUGCCCCACCCAGAGCAGGCCGAGUGGCAGAGAACUUGCAAGGGAAAGUCAGGGGACCUGAUCGAGAGAGCUCUUGACCGCUGGAUUUUGAGCAGACGGUGGAAGAGUGGUCCCAGUGUGGGAGCGAAAGGACCAAGGAGAAAGACGGUUUGGGGACGUGGUCUUGUAAAGUGGCCACAGCACAGCAGAGUGGCUGUUCCGGGAGGGCAGCAGAGGCUCUUCUGUUGCUGGCUGGGGGAAGUGCCUCAGGAAGGCCGCUCUAGCUUUCACCGGUUCCCAGAUUCUGGGCUGACAGCACACAACACUACUGACCUUGAAGCUAGAAGCCACGUCAGCUUUCCGGUUGAGAGCUAGUGCUUCCUCAAGGGCUCCGAGAUGAGUAAGCAUCGUCCUAGGGCCACCCUCUUGGACAUGAAAUACCACAUUAACUGCCCUUCCCUCUGUUUCCUUGAAGCUUUCUAACAAGAGACCUACGCUUACAGAGUUUUGGGUUUUGUCUCCCUACCAUGAAAACUGGUGUGCCCCUAGUCUUGCUGGAGGGUGAAAUGAGUAAUUAAAUAAUUGACCGUAGAUUUAGAAGGUCUUUGCCAGGGAAGGAAAGAAGAAAAGGCUCUAGAACCCUGGUUCGUGGAAUCAGAAUAAACCUGUAGGAUUCUCAGGGGAAACGGUUCUCCAGAUACAUAAGUAUAAACCCUGCAUGACAACUAGAGGUGUCUUCAUGUAUCGCGGAAGAUUGACGCCUGCUUUCUUGCCUUGGACAGGAGCAUGGCCUAAGGGAGCCCAGACCGGAUUUGCUGUUUGUAGAACCAGUGGGUUUGUCCUUCAAUACGUGGCCACGGAGGAGGGACUGGAGUUGUUUUGUGGCUGAGGAAAAAGGCAGCACUUUUGAUGUUCUUGAAUCUGAGACUCUGGGACGCAGGAGGACUGGUCACAGGAAACAAGGAGCUGGCAGGAAUGGGAUGGUCCCCUCAGCCCGCCCCUUCCCAUCAGGCUGCUGAGUAGCUUCGAGGUCCCCACCGAUGGAGGGGUUGGGGUGGAAACUGAAGGAACCGUGUUCAUGAAAGACGCUGUGAGAGCCUAGACCACAAUGUGCAGAGCAGGUGCGGAAUCGUGUCAAGAGCCAGUCUCCUUGGCCCCGCCCUGCACUGACCCCGGGGCCGCCGAGCAUCCUGAGUCCUGAGACUGGCCAGGACCCUUGUUUAUAAGACACCAGAAGAGCAGGGGUUCAUAAGGGCAGCAGAGGCAGGGAUGGGGAGCCCCUGGGGACUCUCUGAAAUAGUAGGGAAGACUCCACAUGGGUUGAGAAGGUGCAGACAUGCAGGUGGGAGUUCUGGUAUUUACGGACAGUACAGCCUCGCUUGCACCCAUGGCUGCUGAUGCCUCCCUCAGUCUCGAUUUGUGCUUCUGUAUUUGACUGAAUAUUUCACUCACCACACCUUGGUUUCUCACUGAUCCAGAGCGGCAUCCAUUCAGUCUGGGGACAGUGUCCCAUUAGAGGACAAUCUUUUCACCCAGAAAACCUGAGACCUGCUGGUUUGGCUUAUAUCCCUUGCUUUGGUAAGACAGCAGGUAAUACCAAGGCAGAAAUAAAUAUUGCAAUAUUGUACUUGAAACUUUUCCGGAAAUACAUUCUCCAGGGAUAUCCCAGGAGAAGUUAGUCGUACCAGAGGGUUCAUUCAACACCAAUCAGGAAUUUAUUGGCGAACCAAGAAAACACAAGUGAUCUCUGGGCCCCCUGACCCAGAUUCUGCCCCUCUUCUUCACUUGCUACUGCUGUUCUCAGCUAGCUGCAAGUGAUCGCUGGCAAGUCGGAGGGUCCUGCAGAAUACCUGAGAUGUCACAAUCAUGACGACUCUAUUGCAGGAUCACUUAAUUUAUAAACUAAAUAAAUCUUCAGUCACAUCUGUUCAGGAUAAGCCAUUUUCUGUGGAGUCAGGACACGUGAGGAGGGCUUCAGUGACUUGUCUACUUUGUGGGGAAUAGAAAAAGGAAAUUGAGUUGAGAUCUGUUGCCUACCUCUGCUGCGUGUUUCUGCAGUAGAAGUUGCAAACUCUCUCAUGGUGGCUUUAUGGGGACUAAACACCACAGCUUGUUUUCAGGACGGAAAUCGGCUGUCAUUCCUUGAAAGCUCAUCGGUCAGUCAGUAGGGAAGCUUGGUACAUGGGGUUUGCAUUCACCUCUCACCAAGCUUUGGUGAUUUAACGCCACUGGACCCCUGCAGAGCCCAGGAAUGUCAAAGCCAGAAGGGUCUUUGAUUCCAGCUGCCAUGUUCCAAUUGCCUGAGUGUAAGGAAGUAGGCCACGGCUAACAGAGGUUGCACAACUCCUUGCUCAAAAGGAAUAGGGUUGGACUCCCUUGCCUCAACGUCCACGACACCAUGUGCCUUUCCUGUAGAGUACUUACGCUAGCUGACAAUUUUUCAUGUGUGAUAGUUCGUCUCCCUCCCACACUACAUUAUAAGUGCUCUGAAGCCAGAUGCCAUUUCUUUUGCUCGUCUUUGUAUCCCCAGCAUCUAUCAUGGUCCUUGUGCAUUGAAAGAAGAGUGAAUGCAUGAACAAAAACUCCUGGGGAAUAUGAGAAUGGGGUCCUCAAUGUAUAGAGAAGAAAACAGGCCCAGAGAAGUGAAAAGUUACCCAAGAUCAUGCCUUAAAGAAGUGACAAUGGGUUUUGCAAA